AUGGCAUCCGCUCUGUGGUCCUGCCUCGUCCUAGCCCUGCUUUCUGGCCUGGCAGCCUCUGGCAUCCCAAGAAGCCCCUUCCGGCUGCUUGCGAAACGGAGCCUCGCGGAAGGGGUGGUGGAUGGCAUUGAGAUCUACAGCACCAAGAUCAUCAGCAAGGUGACCUCUCGCUUUGCUCACAAUGUCGUCACCACAAGGGCCGUCAACCGUGCAGAAAAGGCCAAGGAGGUUUCCUUUGACGUGGAGCUGCCCAAAACAGCCUUCAUCACCAACUUCACUUUGACCAUUGAUGGUGUUACCUAUCCUGGGAAUGUCAAAGAGAAAGAAGUUGCCAAGAAGCAAUAUGAGAAAGCUGUGUCCCAGGGCAAGACAGCUGGUUUGGUCAAGGCCUCUGGCAGGAAGCUGGAGAAAUUCACUGUCUCAGUCAAUGUGGCUGCAGGCAGUAAGGUUACCUUUGAGCUAACCUAUGAAGAACUGCUGAAGAGACACAAGGGCAAGUAUGAGAUGUACCUCAAGAUCCAGCCCAAGCAACUGAUCAAGCACUUUGAGAUUGAGGCAGACAUCUUUGAGCCCCAGGGCAUCAGCAUGCUGGACGCUGAGGCCUCCUUCAUCACCAAUGACCUUCUGGGCAGUGCUCUCACCAAGUCCUUCUCAGGGAAAAAGGGCCAUGUGUCCUUCAAGCCCAGCUUAGAACAGCAGCGCUCAUGUCCAACCUGUACAGACUCCCUCCUCAAUGGGGAUUUCACCAUUACCUAUGAUGUGAACCGAGAGUCUCCUGCCAAUGUACAGAUAGUCAAUGGCUAUUUUGUGCACUUCUUUGCACCUCAAGGCCUUCCAGUGGUGCCUAAGAAUGUGGUCUUUGUGAUUGACGUCAGUGGCUCCAUGGCUGGUCGGAAAAUAGAGCAGACAAGGGAUGCCCUCCUCAAAAUCCUGGAGGAUAUGAAAGAGGAUGACUACCUGAAUUUCAUCCUGUUCAGUGGUGACGUGACCACUUGGAAAGAAAACUUAGUACAAGCUACUCCUGAGAACCUCCAGGAGGCCAAAGCAUUUGUGAGGAACAUUAAUGAUAGAGGAAUGACCAACAUAAAUGAUGCACUGCUGAGAGGCAUCAAUAUGCUGAACAAGGCCUGGGAAGAGCAUAAAGUCCCAGAGAAGAGUACCUCCAUCAUCAUCAUGCUGACUGACGGGGAUGCCAACACUGGUGAAAGCAGACCUGAAAAAAUCCAAGAGAAUGUGCGGAAUGCCAUCGGGGGCAAGUUCCCCUUGUAUAAUCUGGGCUUUGGCAAUAAUCUGAAUUAUAACUUCCUGGAGAGUAUGGCCCUGGAGAACCAUGGGUUUGCCCGACGCAUUUAUGAAGAUUCUGAUGCCAACUUGCAGUUGCAGGGCUUUUACGAGGAGGUGGCCAACCCGCUGCUGACAGAAGUGGAGGUGGAGUACCCUGAGAACGCCAUCCUGGACCUCACCCAGAACAACUACCAGCACUACUAUGACGGCUCUGAGAUCGUGGUGGCUGGGCGCCUGCUGGACGAGGACAUGAACAGAUUUAAGGCUGACGUGAAGGGACACGGGGCCAUCAAUGACCUGACCUUCACGGAGGAAGUGGAUUUGAAGGAGAUGGAGAAGGCCCUGAAGGAGCAAGACUACAUUUUUGGGGACUACAUCGAGCGGCUCUGGGCCUACCUCACUAUUGAGCAGCUGCUGGAGAAAGGCAAGAAAGCUCACGGUGAGGAGAAGGAGAACCUCACAGCCCAGGCCCUGGACCUGUCCCUCAAGUACCACUUUGUGACUCCACUGACCUCCAUGGUGGUGACCAAGCCCGAGGACAAUGAGGACCAGACAGCUAUUGCUGACAAACCUGGGGAAGGUGGGCACAGAAAGUCGGCGAGCCCCUCCACGGCUUAUCUGACCAACUACCAGCCUCCACAAACACCUUACUACUACGUGGAUGGGGACCCGCACUUCAUCAUCCAAGUCACAGAGAAAGAUGACGCUAUUUGCUUCAACAUCGAUGAAGACCCAGGCACGGUGCUGCGCCUCAUCCAAGACCCAGUCACAGGCCUCACGGUUAAUGGGCAGAUCAUUGGCGACAAGAAAGUCAACCCCGACUCCAAGACCAGAAAGACUUACUUUGGAAAACUGGGGAUUGCCAAUGCUCAGAUGGAUCUUCGGAUUGAGGUGACAACGGAGAAGAUCACCCUGUGGAAUGGGGAUUCACAGAGCACGUUCAGCUGGCUGGACACAGUCACAGUCACACAGGAUGGGGUGUCUGUGACAAUCAAUAGGAAGAAGAAUAUGAUAGUUUCCUUUGGAGAUGGUGUUACCUUUGUGAUUGUCCUGCACCAGGUGUGGAAGAAACAUCCCGUCCACCGUGACUUUCUGGGCUUCUACGUGGUGGACAGUCACCAGAUGUCAGUGCAGACACAUGGGCUGCUGGGACAAUUCUUCCACCCCUUUGACUUUCAAGUGUUUGAUGUCCACCCAAGCUCUGAUCCCACAAAGCCAGAUGCCACAAUGGUGGUGAAGAACCAUUGGCUGACAGUCACCAGGGGCUCCCAGAAAGACUACGGGAAAGAUGCCAGCAUCGGUACGAAGGUUUUCUGCUGGUUUGUCCACAACAAUGGGGAAGGGCUGAUUGAUGGUGUACACACUGACUACAUCGUCCCCAGCCUGUUUUGA